GCCGCCGACUCGCCACCGCUCCACUGGGCCGGCACCUAGCCUCUCCUUGGCGUGGCCUCUUCGGUUGUCCAGCCCUUCUCCCAGCCCUGGUCCCUCAGAAGGAGGGUAACUCCCUUCCAGAUGUUACGGUCCGCCUGCGUCUCUCAGCACGCCGGUGGCAUUUGGGUUGACCGCGGAGGCCCCCAUUGCCAGAGGGUGUCCAUGUUCUGCCGUGGGCUCAGCCCAAACUUUGGACGCACAGAGACCCAACGGGAGCGCUGGAUAAGGUGUUGACCCCCUUCCCCUCCCCCUUCCCGGCCAGUUACCCACUCCUGGACUUUGAUCUCUCUCCACCAGGCCAGGGCAGCUGAUGGUUGUGGCAGAAACAUCUCAAGGUAGCUGGUCCGCCCCCACUUCCCCAUCUACCUCUUGUCCUCCCCCCCACACCACCACCACCCUGGCUCCCCUCCCUCAUGACCGCCUGGAUCCUCCUGCCUGUCAGCCUGUCAGCGUUCUCCAUCACUGGCAUAUGGACUGUGUCCUACAACGAGUCCUGCCCUCCUGACCCUGCUGAGCAAGGGGGCCCCAAGACCUGCUGCACCCUGGAUGAUGUCCCCCUCAUCAGCAAGUGCGGCUCCUAUCCCCCAGAAAGCUGCCUCUUCAGCCUCAUUGGCAACAUGGGUGCUUUCAUGGUGGCCCUGAUCUGCCUCCUGCGCUACGGGCAGCUCCUGGAGCAGAGUCGGCACUCUUGGGUUAACACCACGGCACUCAUCACAGGCUGCACCAACGCCGCGGGCCUCUUGGUGGUCGGCAACUUUCAGGUGGAUCAUGCCAGGUCUCUGCACUACGUUGGAGCUGGCGUGGCCUUCCCUGCGGGGCUGCUCUUUGUUUGCCUGCACUGUGCUCUCUCCUACCAAGGGGCCACCGCCCCACUGGACCUGGCCGUGGCCUAUCUGCGAAGUGUGCUGGCUGUCAUCGCCUUUAUCACUCUGGUCCUCAGUGGAGUCUUCUUUGUCCAUGAGAGUUCUCAGCUGCAACAUGGGGCAGCCCUGUGUGAGUGGGUGUGUGUCAUUGAUAUCCUCAUUUUCUAUGGCACCUUCAGCUAUGAGUUUGGGGCAGUCUCCUCAGACACACUGGUGGCUGCACUGCAGCCUACCCCUGGCCGGGCCUGCAAGUCCUCCGGGAGCAGCAGCACCUCCACUCACCUCAACUGUGCCCCCGAGAGCAUCGCUAUGAUCUAAGGUCUGGGGAGGAUGGCUGGCCCGGCCUCUGCAGCACCCCACCCCAUAUCUUCUUUCCAUUUAUUUUGUACCAAAAACAAUUUUGAGAAAGUAUUCUGUUGGGAUCUGGGCUUCCUCACUUCUGGAGAAGUGGCCAUCCCAUGCCCACCUGUGCCAUAGAGGAGUGGGCCCUGCUAGCUGCCACAGCUGCAUGACCUGCUUCCCCACCCCACGGUGUCGUUUUGUUUUUAAAGGUCACCUGUCCUCACUCACCCAGCCAGCCCUUCAGGUGCCUUCUACUCCCAGUGCCAAAGCCAGACCACUGGGGUUUCCUGCUGCAGGAAUUGGGGGCUGGGAACAGCAGAGGGGAUAGAAGUCUGGUGGAGGUGGAGUGGGCACGCCUUAGCCUACGGAAAGGCCCAUUUCUGGGCCCACUGAGCUGCACUGGGAUUCUUCACUCUGCCCCUCACUUCCUUUAGGGCAAAUAACACAGCAGAACCACGUGGGUAUUUUAGUACUUUUUUUUAUAUUAAAAGAAUUCUAAUUUGCA